AUGUCAUAUCGCCGCAAUAUCGAUUUGCAUAUGCCUUUUCAAACUGACGAUCUAAUAGAAUCGUCUUAUAGCUAUACCGAUAGAAAAUACGAUUCUUCCAAAAGUCACGAAAGCUCAAAAUUUGAGUUAAUGAAACAAGACUUAUCAAAAGCAACUGAAGCAAUAUCAUCACUUCGAAAAGAAAGAGACGCACUCAGAGAAGCCUUAAAAACCAGUUUUUCAGAAAAAGACUACAUAGAAAAACAUCUGCGUGAAAGAUUGCAAAGCUUUGAAGCAGAAAUUAUUAAUGGGCGAAAAGCAAUUAGACUAACUGAAGAAUUAAAAGUCAAAAGUGAGGCUUUACAAGAAGAACUUAAAAAAUUGAAAAAAAUGAAUCAUGAGAAAAGCAAGAUACUAAAUGAACAGGAAAGCAGGAUCAGAGAGCUGACAGAAGCUUUAAAAAUGCAGGUAAAUGGAUGGGAGCAGUUGCAAGCUGCUAAUCAAGCAUUGAGAAAAGAAUUAGUGAGCAGUAAUUAUGUAAAAGAAGCUGAAAGGAAAUUUGAAGAUGAAUCAUUAGGGGUGUUAGGUAAAAUUAUGCAGUACGUAAAUUAUAUAAUUGAAAAAGUGCAUCAUUCUCCAAGUGUGUACACUAUGUUUAAAUCAAGAGUAACUUGUUCUAAAAAAUUACGAGAGGCAAUAGAAAAACAAGAAUUCCCUGAUGUGCUGCUAAAAAUGAUGAAAUUUAUUGUGGAUUUGAUAAAUUAUUAUGGGAUAAGAAAAAAUUCCCCUUUAAGGAAUUUUCAUCAUGCAAAGAUUUCUAAGAUAGAAAGAUCGAAAGAAGAAGCCACGAAUACUCUUUAUGACUGUGAUUCUUAUUAUAUAAAUUCUCCUCGAGCAAGAGCUGCAUCUUUAGAUCAGAAUAAACAAAUAUCAGAUAAAUUUAUUCAGACCCAAACUGACAGAACUUUUAAUACCUUAAUAAGCAGCCACUACCCUUCUUUAGCUGAAAAAUAUGAACCUUCUUUUAAAGAUGAAGAUGAAUAUUCAAAACUUAUUGGGGAAAGCCAACAAUUAUUAUCAGUUUUAGACAAACAAAACUCAAGGCUUGCUUUAUUGAACCAGCAAAUUUCGACUGCAGUGACUCAUAGUCCGAAAGAAACUAUUGAGACUGAAGAUUUCUCAUAUGAUCCUCCUUUGUCAAGCAGAGGAAAAUGGGAUAAAAAUAAGCCUGCAAUAAAAGAGGAUAGACUGAAGAGAAGAAAAAAUAAUGAGUAAUGAUAUAGCGUCUGUGUACCGCUAUAGAUUGCCUUUGAGGGGGCUCUCCGCAGCAACUUGGAGCUCUGACAAGCCCCUCCUUUUGCAAGGAUUUGUCAACUUGGAGCUGACUCGUCACCUUUAGGUGGCUCGUCAGAACUCCAAGCUGCUGAGAGAACCCUCGCAAAGGCAAUCUAUAGCGGUACAAACGCCAUAAUACAGCAAAAGUUUAAGCCGCAGCAAAUCUCCAGAAUCACAACGUCUGCCAAGUAGAUUUGAAGAAUAUGUGAUACCUAAUUUAAAGAAAACUGAGCGAUGGGAUGGGGUCGCUGAUUUCUUUUCUUCUUAUUCUGACCCGAAAAGUCCUCGAAAUCUUACAAGUCCAGGGUCACCUAACUCCCCCCCCCCUCCGUGAGUGAACAAAAAAAAUUUUUGUUCACUCACGGAGGGGGGUUAAUUUUUUUUUUUUAAAAAAUUUUUAUAUAUAAAUUUUAUAAAACAUUUUUUUUUUUCGAAAUUUUAAAAAAUCCUAAAUUCGCAAAAAUUGAAAGCAAAUAUUAAUUUAAUUUAUAAAAUUUAUGUUUUAAAACGCAAUUUGUUUAAAAUUAAACAGAAUUAGCUCUAGAUUUCAUUAUGCUAAUUAUCACUUAUAUAUCAAAAUUUUUUCCCAUAAAAAAUUUUUCUAUUAUAAACAUUUUUGUUCACUCACGGAGGGUGGGUUUUUGGGCAAAAAAUGCCGAUUUUUCUAAUGGUUUUGUUCACUCACGGAGGGGGGGGGAGUAAAUAA